GGUAUUAUAAAUGUUUUGAAAGACGAAAGGGAAGGUUAUUACUUUCUCUAGAAAGAACUUUCAAAGAUGGCUCGUACUAAGCAAACCGCACGAAAAUCUACAGGAGGAAAAGCUCCCCGAAAACAGCUGGCCACCAAGGCAGCACGUAAGAGUGCCCCAGCAACUGGUGGAGUCAAGAAGCCUCAUCGUUACAGGCCCGGUACCGUCGCUCUUCGUGAGAUCCGUCGUUACCAGAAAUCAACAGAGCUGUUGAUCCGCAAGCUGCCCUUCCAGCGUCUUGUCCGUGAGAUCGCUCAAGAUUUCAAGACAGAUCUCCGAUUCCAGAGCUCAGCUGUGAUGGCCCUUCAGGAGGCUAGUGAAGCUUACUUAGUUGGUCUGUUUGAAGACACAAACUUGUGCGCCAUUCACGCCAAGAGAGUCACCAUCAUGCCCAAGGACAUUCAGCUUGCCCGCCGAAUCCGUGGCGAGAGAGCUUAAAUGUGUUGAAAAACACAAAUUCAAACAACGGCUUCUUUAGAAGCCACCAAAUGCUUGAAAGGCAUGACCUCAUAUGCACAUUAUCCCAGUGUUAUCAAUAUCUUACGACAAUCGUGAAAUACGAAAUGUUUACCGCCAUUACUUAUUCGUAGUAGAUAUUUGCAGUGUGAAACCCCUCUUUUUUUUUUUUUUUUUCAAACUUUCAAAGAUAAUAUUAAUUACUAUUAGUUAACCAUGUUAACCGAGUUAUACAGUUGAGCUGUACGCAGAUAUAGAAAUAAUUUAUCAUUUGCCACUAGCUAAAAGUAACUCAGAGUCCUGAUACGGAAUCGAACCCGUGACCUUACGGAUGCUCUAAUCACUGAGCUUACAGGAAAGACAAUUUGAGCGGGAAGUUAUGGUUGACAAAAUCUAGGAUCUGAAUUUGAAUUUUUCGGGCAUUCGAGUACGAAUAGUAGAGUACGAACUACUUUUAUACAAACACAUGUGAAUAUUCCCUAUGACAGGCGGCCACGUUCUGGUUUAAAAUGAUCAUGAAAAGUGGCGGUUAAUUUACACUGAAAGGUUUUCGGGCAUGUGACUACAAAACAAACUACCUUACGAACUCAUGUGAAUAUUCUCGGUUAAUUCAAUAAAAAUUCAUAAUUUAUUUUUGCAAAUCAUAAACGGAUUUUGAUUUUAAUUCUUCCAACUCCGCAAUCGUCUUACAGUAAGAAGAUUUACGCGCCAAAGUGUUGGGUUACGAUCUUGAAAUCAGUUGCGUUUGAACAGACAGUUGGGAAUGUUAGCGGUAAACGCUCAAAGGUGAAACAGUAGAGUAGAAGUGAUAACUUAUGGCAUUGGUAAAAAGCAAGAAAGAUAAAUUUGCCGGUUCUGGAUACAUAAAGAAUCGUACAGUAAUAAAAAUAUAUUGAAGAUGUAAUCCUUAGACCCAUCAUCAAAUAUGAGUAAAGUUGCCUAUUGGAUUUCUACUUUGCCUCCUACAAAGACAUCCUUUGGUUCCCAAUAUGAUAGAACUGUUCCCAUAAAAGAAGGACAUCUGCAUAGGAGCUUAUUGUUUACUGUGCUUCAAGUGUUUUUCCCUAAGUUCUCAAGUAUGUAUAUAGUUACCAACCUACUCUUAAACACAACACCCAAAUUCCUAUCCCUAUCCUGACCUCAAGAUUACCAGGAUAAUACUCAUGCAUCAAAUAUCAGAAGAAAAAAAAUUAGCUGUACAUUUAGCUACACUUACCUUAAUAUA